AUGGUGGAGAGUGUAUGCGACUUACUAGAUGGGAGAAAGUUGUGUAGAACUAAUAGAGAUAGGUGCUUGAAUCCAAAGCUCAGUGAUUCCAAAAAAAUUGUUGAUUUGAACUCACUGUACCGGAAGACAAAUGUGGCUAGUGUUGGAAACUUAUGCAGCCGUAAUUAUGCAAUGGAUAGACUCAACCAUUUGAAUGGAAGUAAAACAUCAAUAGCGGAUACAUCUGAUGCAGUAAACAGCCUGACUGGAGUUUCGGAUGGUGGCAAGAGGUGUGAUAGUGGCGAUGAAGAUAGUAUUAAUAAGGGGAGCUGUGGUCGAAAGAGGAAGAGAGAGUCUAUGUCAGAAAUGCUGCACUGGAUUGUUGAUAAGGCUGAGAAUCCUUGUGAUCCUGCAAUGGGUUCAAUGCCCAAAAAGUCAAAGUGGAAGUCAUAUGGUAGUGAAGAGAUCUGGAAGCAGGCUUUGUUGUUCCGGGAAGCUGUAUUUCUGAAAAGUGAUCACCCUAGUUGGCAGGGUCAAAGGAUGCAUCCUUGCAUGUAUGAUGAUCAGGUCGGGGCAAACUACAAUCUUAGGGAGAGAUUAAAAACUGACCAGAAAUCACAUGCUGGAGGAACAAAGGGAGGUUACGGGAGAUGGUCACUUGAUGAACCUGCCACCGUGCCCAUUCCUAUUGGCCCAGCCCAUCAAGCUGAAGUUCCUGAAUGGACUGGCAUGGCUGUUGAGAGUGAUUCAAAAUGGUUUGGAAACCAAAUAUGGCCAGCAGCAAAGGUGAAUACCAAUCUUAUCGAAAGGGAUCCAAUUGGAGCUGGAAGAAAAGAUUCAUGUGGCUGCCAAUUUCAAGGUUCUGUUGAGUGUAUCCAAUUUCAUGUUGCUCAGAAAAGGGCUAAACUUAAGCUAGAAUUGGGUGAUGCAUUUUACAUGUGGAAUUUACACAAGAUAGGGGAAGACGUUAGGCGAUUGUGGACCGAACACGAAGAGAAGAAGUUUAAGGAUGUGGUGAAAGCAAACCCUCUUUCAAAGGGAAGAUAG